CAAAAUUUUCUUUUUCUUCCUUGCUGAUACCUGCGCUUGCAUUUUGUGAUUCUCUUUCUUUUUUCCUUCAGCCCGCACUCCUUUUCCCCCCUACACUUUUACCUUACACCGUGUCCCCUUUCCUCGGGCGAGAGGAUAGCGGGAGUAAUUCUUACAAGUGGAGCAGGCAGUAGUUUCGGACGCUACAGAAAGCAAUCGGAAGGGCUGUGCUCUCAGCGUACAGAAGCACAUUAUCUACAACGAUUUAUUGCAACUGACUAAGCAUGACGCUGUUUGUUGCCCACGUUAACGAGCAGGCCACUGAGGACGACCUGCGUAAGCUAUUUGAGCCGUUCGGAACUAUCACCGAUAUCGACAAGAAGCGCACGUACGCCUUUAUUGACUAUGCCGACAUCGAGAGCACCGACUCCGCUAUAAAGGCGCUUCACAAUAUGGAGUUCAUGGGCUCUAAGCUGCGCGUUGAAGUCUCAAACAAGACUCGGGGAGAUGACGGGCCCUCGCUGGGCGAUCUGCAAGAGCAAUGCUACCAUUGCAAGGAAAUCGGACACAUAGCAAAGAACUGCCCGUAAGUGAAUAUGCCAGCUGCAACCUUAUUGCUUAUUUUGCCAAUGCCCAUCCCAGCUCCCACGUUCUUGCCUAUUGCAUUCGAAACCCCUCCUAAUUUUGGAUGCAUUCCCUCCCUCAUCCACCUCUCCUCGCCAAUAGUCAGCUGCAUCAGCAAUCAUCCUCGCAGCAGCUGCAGCAGCAAAAACCGAGAC